CCGAGUGGGUGUUUGAGUCUGUCGUAGUAUCUGGCAACCCUCGCUCAGUCCCAGCCGGUGAAUCUUGCGUCGGCUCCUCUCUCGGCUGAAGCUCCGCAGAAGGUCUCUCUGUGUAGCCGGUUAGCAUCAUGGCGAACGUUGUGGAUACUAAGCUAUACGACAUCCUCGGAGUUUCACCAUCAGCCUCUGAAAAUGAACUCAAAAAGGCCUACCGCAAACUGGCCAAAGAGUACCAUCCUGACAAGAACCCUGACGCCGGAGACAAGUUUAAAGAGAUCAGUUUUGCUUAUGAGGUUCUGACAAACCCAGAAAAGAAGGAGCUUUAUGAUCGCUAUGGAGAACAGGGUUUACGGGAGGGAGGAGGCGGCGGGCCGGGCAUGGACGAUAUCUUCUCUCACAUUUUCGGUGGAGGACUGUUUGGGUUCAUGGGUGGACAGGGCAGAGGACGCAAUGGAGGCAAGAGGAGAGGAGAUGACAUGGUACACCCUCUGAAAGUUUCUCUUGAAGAUCUAUACAACGGCAAAACCACCAAACUGCAGCUCAGCAAGAACGUGCUGUGUGGUGCCUGCAAUGGUCAGGGGGGUAAGGCAGGAGCAGUGCAAAAGUGUGUGGCGUGCAGAGGACGAGGUAUGAGAAUCAUGAUUAGACAGCUGGCUCCAGGGAUGGUCCAACAGAUGCAGUCAGUCUGCACAGACUGCAAUGGAGAGGGUGAGGUGAUAAAUGAGAAGGACCGCUGCAGAAAGUGUGAGGGUCAUAAGGUGAGUAAGGAGACUAAGCUUCUGGAGGUGCAUGUGGACAAAGGCAUGAGACAUGGACAGAAGAUCACAUUCUCUGGGGAAGCUGACCAAGCACCAGGAGUCGAACCAGGAGAUAUAGUCCUGGUUCUUCAAGAGAAAGAGCAUGAGGAUUUCCGCCGUGAAGGCAGCGACCUUCAUAUGGUCCAACGUAUCGGACUGGUUGAGGCUCUGUGUGGCUUCCAGAUGACUGUCACACACCUUGAUGGACGUCAGUUGCUUGUGAAAUACCCACCUGGCAAGAUCAUUGAACCAGGGUGUAUUCGAAUGGUGAAGGGAGAGGGAAUGCCUCAGUACAGAAACCCUUUCGAGAAGGGAGACCUUUACGUCAAAUUUGACGUCCAGUUCCCUGAAAACAACUGGAUCAGCGCCGAAAAGCUCAACGAACUCGAGUGCUUGCUGCCUGCCCGCGCUGAGAAUCCCGUGAUCGCAGCAGAUGCGGAGGAAGUUGACCUGACAGAUUUUGACAGGAGUCAAGGGUCAGGAGGUGGAGCCAGGAGAGAGGCCUACAAUGAUAGUUCUGAUGAGGAAGGGGGCCACCAUGGCCCGGGGGUGCAGUGCGCACACCAAUAGAGAGACUCAUACAUAAAGACAUGCACACACACACACGUAAACACAUAAAUACACGAGCAUCCCUUGAGUCCCAUUGCUAACAGCAUUCAAGACUUGACGCACAUACACACGCACAUUUCUCUCCUUUCAUGACUCCUAUGAAAAAAGAGACGUACACAAAAUACAUAUACACGUAUAUUCACCCUCCUCAGUUCCAUGGUGCCCAUAAGUCAGAGAUAUGCUGGAUGUGUGAUGACCAUUUUGUGUUUAUGGACAGUAGUGCCCAUCAAAGCCUCCAGCAUGAAGGUGGUCUCAGUCUCAGCGGUUCACUGACUGAACUCGAUUUGGACCUCCCCGUUUUCAUUCUAGGCUUUUACCUUUCACUGUGGGAAACACCAGUCUAGUGUAUAAAAUGCAAAUAUUGUUGACUAUCUUGUAUAAGGUGUAGUUUAGUCUGUCACACACAAGCGCAUGCUGCUUUCUUGCUGAAGAUCUUACACGUGUAGAUCCAGGUUCCGGAUACAACAGAGAAAUCUGACGCCACACUUCUUUGAAAUUUCAGUGUGUCACUGCUAUCAAAGUGCCCUGCUGUCAUAAGAGCUGACCUGAGUACAGCCCUAAAAGUGUGUCCUCUGCACAGCCUGCUGAGAACCGCACAUGUUUAACCCAUCCUGCAUCCUCUAAGGUGAAUUGUCAUAUUUUGAAAAUGGGACUGGUUCUGUUUAGCUGUCACAUUACUAGAAUAUUAAAGCCCUGAGUAUAGCAACUGUUGGCCAGGCAUCUUGUUUUAGUUUGAAAUUUAAGCUUGUUUGUCUUUGUUGGUUUGAAUGUCAGUGUGUUCGAGGGCACAGAACUUGAACCUGAAUUGUGUACUCUUCAUUUGAUAUGAGGACACGUGUACAUUGUAUGUAUGUAUGUUUGUAAUGCAGUGGCUCAGUAUGUGUGUGUGAGCUACUGUGGAAUGUUCCGGCUUAUUCGCGUGAUGGGUUUUCCUGCUUUGUGUUGGACUGCAGUGUGAGUGGACACUAUAUAGGUUCAAUUAAACAGGAAAAAAAACAGAAUGUUUAUUUGUUGAGAAUCUAUCCUACGUAGACAUUUUCCCUGUUCUCACCAGGACGGAGAGAUCACCCUCUCUUGCAGGAAAACCACUGGGCCCGCACCAACCCUCUGUAUUAUACAUAUCUCCCCCAUUGUAGAGUUGUUAGCCAAAUCAUAUUACGAUAUUCCCAUUCCCAUAGACCUGUAAAUAAAUACAACCCCAGUCCAUAGGUGCAUUCAAAGUCUACAGCAGUAUCCUUCAUCUAAUCAUAUUAUUUCUUACACUCUAAGUGACACAAGCAAUGGCCAACAGUGCCGAUAUACAUGUUGCAUUCACAUGAAGGGGAGUUGAUGGAACCUCUGUAGACUCUGUAACAUGCACCUCUGCGACUCAUUGUGUAUGUAAUUUCGGGCCACAGGGGGAUAAUGUGUACACAACUGAAGGGGGUCAUUGAUAAAUGACGUUACUGUUGAUGCUUAUGUUUGUCAAGAUGAUAAUUAAACUGUAUAAUACACAA